AUGAAUAGGCUCUCAAACAUCAUGGGCGAGAAUCAGGAACUCUCAACGCUGGAACCCCCACUCGCAGACGAGGAGCAAAGGAUUCGAGCUGCGAAGGCAACAUUAGAGUCAGAGGUCUUCAACGUCGAUAGAGCACUGGAAGGCGCUGCGCGCCUCCGCGUAAUCACCUCCGCCUCUCCACCAGCCAGACAUUCUCCACGACCGCCUGAGAUCAUCUAG